AUGUUCGGCUCCACCACCCAGCCCAAUGGGUUCAGCUUUGGCAGCACGUCGAAACCCAACAUUUUUGGGAACUCGCAGAGCACGGGGCAGACCACGAGCAAUGCUCUGUUUGCCGGGCAGCAGACCCAGCCAGCCCAGCCGUCCUCGAGCCCCUAUGGAGUCAACAUCGCGUCGGCGUCGGCACAGGAAUCUGAGAUGCCGCAGGCGUUGACGUCGCGCGCCCCAAACACAGACACCCAGCUGAAACGCAGGAGGUCGGCGUCCUCGCUAGCGUCGCACGAGACGAAAAAACACGCCUCGUCGCUGUCGUUUCUGGGCCGUCUCUCAAAACCGUUUUCGGGCACUCUCAAGUACCCAAUGGAGACCGUGACGGGCAUUUUCACGUCGGACAAGGUGCACGAGGCCAAGAGACCCAAAGUGGAUCCGGUUUCAUUUUCAGAGGACUCUGUUUCGUUACCCAAGUCCGAUUUCAGAAAGCUGGUAAUCCGAAACCCCAGAGGAACGCACAAAAACUACUACGAGAUCAACCCGGACGAGGUGCUUCUUGGCAAGGAAACAGCAAGAUCGAACGGUUUUAUGCGUGUUGUGUCCAACUUCAAGCCUUCAUUUCUCAGACAAGAAGAUAAGCUGCUGAAAUCGCCUGUGCCAGCCGAACAGGAUGUCAGCUCCUCAAACAUUCCCGACGGCUACUGGUGCUCGCCUUCAAUUGAGGAACUCUCUAAAAUGACACAGCAGGACCUGAUGCAUGUGCAGAAUUUCACCGUUGGAUGCAAAGGAUUUGGCCAGGUCUCGUUCUCGUAUCCUGUCGACUUGUCGGCAUUCCACAGCAGACUGGAUCAGAUUUUGGGUGUGCACGUUGUCUUCAGACCAAGAAUAGUGCAAGUGUAUCCUGACGGAACAGACAAGCCGUCGCCCGGAAAUGGUAUGAACGUGCCAGCCGUGAUAAGUCUGGAAAAAUGCUAUCCUUUCGAUAAGGCGACCAAGACGCGAAUUACCGAUCCUUCUGCUCCCGAAGUCUCUGCACAUAUCAAUCGACUGAAAAGUACCCCAGGAAUGGCGUUCGUCAACUACGACCCAAUCACAGGAACAUACACUUUCAGGGUCGACCAUUUCAGUAUAUGGGGACUGGUUGACGAGGACGAAGACGAUCCCCAGCUUGUCCAGCGUUUCAGAAAACAAUUAGAGAGCGAGAAUGAGCGCGAGAAACGCAAGGAGACGGGAAAGAAAGAGGCGUUUAAACGCAUUUCCUCAUAUACAGGCGAUCUGGAGGCUGUUCCCGGCGGAUGGACUGCAGAGCCAGAAGACGCAAACAUGGAAGACAGCAUAGAACUCGGCCAGGAGGACUACAUUCAGGUAGACGCACCGGAGCCAGACGAUGACCUCAGCGACAUGGAAGACGAGGCUCUUCCUGAAGACCCCGUUUUCGACGAUCUGGUGCAUGUGCGCGCAUACGAGCCAGAGCUGGAGGAAAUCGAUAUGAUGGUUCUCAAGAAAGAGGCCAAGUUCGAAACUAGCGAUAGCUGGAGCCAGCAGCUGGAGCUGGCUUCCGGGUUUGAGUCUGUCUUCAGCAACGAGUAUGACUACUCGAAAAAAAUGGACGUGUCUGCUAAAAGUGUGAACGAGCUAUUUUUCAACAGAGACUCGCACAAACGCAAGAAAGUGGAAAUGAAGCCAGUGCACUCUGAGGAUUUGCAGACGCUGAAAAGUGUGCUGGCGGGCGAAAUGCGCCAGAUGAAAGUCAUAGCAAGAGAAAACUCAUAUCCGCUGAUCAAGCCUGACGAAGACGUUUCACUACACUCCAUUCUCAACAUCUACAGGAACUCGAGCGAGUACAAAUUCUGGGAUCUGAUUGCGCGCCUCUUCGAUGACAGAUACUGCGAGUCGUUCCUGGGACAAGCUGAGUUGGAUGCGUAUGCAGGAAAACCACAGCUGAGAAAAACAUUCAUUGACCUUCAACGCCGCGAGCUGUUGAUUGACUGGUUGCACGAUCACAGCUUGCCAGAAAUCAGCAAGCUGCUGGAAGCUUCAAAAUCAGAUGCUCUUGCGAGAACAUACUUGCACAUAUGCUCCGGUGACAUAGCAAAGGCGGUGAUGACAGCGAUCGAGUCGUCGAACAACCAUCUGUCUGUUAUUCUGACACUUAUAGACUCGAACGAUCCUACAGUUAGAAGACUAUCAAGAGCGCAGCUAAAAGAAUGGGAGUCCACCUCUACACUCCAGUACAUCCCCGCUCCAGUGCUGAAAGUUUACAAGCUUUUGGCAGGAUACACACUGUCGAACGACAUUGUGCCGCAUCUGAAAGGGCUUUCGUGGCCGACCGUUCUUUUGAUGCAACUGAAAUACGGAGACACAAACCGCAGCAUCAGAGAACUGGUUACCGACGUUAUUGAUCACGAGUCAAAGCUAUGGGUUGCCCCAAGUGCGCAAGACAAGUAUUACCUCGCGUUCAAGCUUCUGAAGUCGCCGUCUUCCGUUGUUGUCCACUACGACAACGAGACACAGUUCCUGCUGUUCAAGAAGCUGAACAGUGUUUUGAACUUGCCAGAUAUUGACAACGUGGUUCUCCAAUUAAGCCAGAAACUCGCCUCACAGGAAUACUACGAAGAGGCCUUGUUUGUUUUGGAGCAUUUGAGUGACGAUGCGCUCUGCGAGUCCGAGAUCUCGAGCCUGAUCAAACUGAACAUUGACUCGUUCAGAUUCCUGGAUAACGACAUGAGACUGGACACUUUGCACCAGACCUACAGACUUCCAAAGUCUAUUCUUCACCAGGCCAGAUCCAGGAGAUUUGAAAAGGAUGGAGAUUCCGUGAGGGCCGUCUGGGCGCUCGUUGAGGCAGGAUCGAUGGACGAGGCCCACAAACUGGCCUUGAGCGACGUGGCUCCGGAAUUUGUGAUUGCCAACGCCAAUCUCGAUGAACUGGAGAAGCUGCUUGUCAGGUUUAAAACCUUGUCUGACUGGGUGAUUGGUGCUCAGAUAUACUACGAAUAUAUCCAGCUCAAGAAGAACAGCGACGAGAACGCUGUCAAGAAUCACACCAAAAAGCUGCUCAACGGACUGGUUCUUCUACGCGAGUCAAAUCCCAAGGCAAGAAUCGCAAAGACCUUGAUGUACAGAGAGGUGAUUCGUCUCAUAUUCGACUUGUCGCUCGACUACAACGAGCAGCAGCUACUGAGCCUGGAUCUUCCGUCGAGCGAGAUGAAUUACUUGAGAAGCAGAUUGCCUGCUAAAUAG